AUGUCUCGGGCGGGCGCUGGGGCGCUGCUGGGGGGUGCGGGGGGGUAUGGGGCGCAGGGCUGUGCCCGCGUGGUGGUGUGGGAGUGGAUGAACGAGCACGGGCGCUGGAGACCUUACAGUGCUGCCGCGUGCCACCACAUCGAGAACGUUCUAAAGGAGGACCCGAGAGGAACCGCCCUGCUGGGACACGUGGAACCCCAACUGGCACCGUACGCCAUCGACCUGCAGACCAUGCACCAGUUCAGACAGGACACUGGCACCAUGCGUCCGGUGCAGCGGAGCUUCUUUGACCCGUCGUCUGCUCCUGGGAAGGGCGUGGUGUGGGAGUGGGAGAGUGACGGAGGUGUGUGGACUGCGUACGACAUGGAGCUGAGCGUGAGCAUGCAGCACGCGUAUGAGAAGCAGCACCCGUGGCUGGACCUGACGGCGCUGGGCUUCCCGUACCUGCUGGACUUCACCGCCAUGCUGCAGACCAACCGACAGAGCCAGCGCUGCCGACGCCUGCGGCGCCGCAUGGACCUGGCCUACCCGCUCAUCGCCGGGCACAUCCCCAAGUCCCAGUCCUGGCCUGUGGGGGGCGCUGUGGGGAGAGGAGGAGGGGGGGGGGGAGGGGGCGGCCCCUGCUGCUCCUGUACUCAGUGCUUAUUGGUCAACAGCACCAGGGCCGCGUCCAAUGCCAUCCUGGCGUCCCAGAGGAGGGGGACGGGGAAGGUUGCCGGGGCGACCGUGAGACAGAGCAACACGUUUGGAGGGACGGCGGCGACGACGUGGUCGUCAGGGACAACGGUUACCGCGGGCAACCUGAGCAAUAACAUCUCAGCGGGGGGAGGAGGGGGGAAAGGGGACAGUGUGAGCACUGCCUAUAGCUGCUCCCAGGCCACACACACACACACACACUCGCACUCACACACACACUCACACACACACACUCUCACCAUCAACGGACAGAACAACCUCAACCGACCCGGCACACAACGCAUCGCUGUGGCAACCAACCGAGGGGCCAUCCCACCAGGAGUUCCUGCUCUCCCAGUGAAGAAUCUAACAGGAUCUGGACCUGUACAUCCAGCACUGGCAGGCAUGACGGGCAUCCUGAUGUGUGCGGCCGCUCUGCCCGUGUGUCUGACCCGCGCGCCCAAACCCGUGCUGCACCCGCCGCACAUCAGCAAGAGCGACCUCACGCCCGUGCCAGGGGUGCCCGGAAUACGCCGCAAGACCAAGAAGAAGCACCUCCGCAGAGGUAAAAAUCCGGAGGAUGUCGUCCGCAGAUACACAGAGAAGAUCAAAUCUGCUCCAGAUGAGGACUGCACCAUCUGCAUGGAGCGGCUAGUCACGGCGUCCGGCUACGAGGGCCUGCUGAGCCAGAAGGGCAUCAAGCCAGAGCUGGUGGGCAAGCUUGGCAAGUGCGGCCACCUGUACCAUCUGCUCUGCCUGGUGGCCAUGUACAACAACGGCAACAAGGACGGCAGUCUGCAGUGCCCCACAUGCAAGGCCAUAUACGGGGAGAAGACGGGCACGCAGCCCCCCGGAAAGAUGGAGUACCACGUCAUCCCUCACUCCCUUCCUGGAUACGCCGAGGUCAAGACCAUACGCAUCGUUUACGACAUCCCUGCAGGCAUUCAGACUCCAGAGCAUCCUAAUCCAGGCAAGAAGUUCAGUGCAAGAGGAUUCCCACGGCACUGUUAUCUCCCUGACAACGACAAAGGACGGAAGGUCCUGAGGCUCCUCAUCACGGCGUGGGAGCGCCGUCUGAUCUUCACGAUCGGCACGUCCAGCACGACGGGGGAGGUGGACACGGUGGUGUGGAACGAGAUCCACCACAAGACCGAGUUCGGCUCCAACCUCACGGGACACGGUUACCCUGACGACCAUUACCUGGACAACGUGAUGACCGAGCUCUCUGCGCAGGGCGUCUCCCAUGACAACCUCAAGGAGUGACCUCACCGUCCGCACGCAGAGUUCUGACCGUUUGGACACAAGCGCUCAAAGAGUAGCGCCCUCUGCUGUGGUGGAGGGGAUUGUGUGUGUCUGAAAUAACACGCCCCCUCCUCCCCCCCACACUGAGCUUGACCUCAGAGGGGUCGACAAGAGGACGUUUUGACCUUUGACCUCCGUUGAUUGACUGGGUUGCCAGGAGACUGCAGAGGAUUCUGAGCACCAGACACACACAUGUACACACACAUGUACACACACACACACACACACACACACACACACACACACACACACACACAUGCCUAUACACGCCCAUGCGCGGAGGUGUGAGGGCAAUGAGAUGAUCAAAGAUGUCAACACAAGUUUUGUACCAUUUACAGUUUGCACCCUCUCAUCCCAGUGACCUCCUCUCACAACCCCUGCCGUGAACUCUGACCCUUUCCGUGAACUCUGACCCCUUCCAUAACCUGUCCAAGAUGGUCCAAGACCCGAUGGGUCCAACUGUGUAACUUUAAGGACAUUUUCAGAAGACAUGUUAAGGAAACUUUUAGAAGAUGUUCAGAAGUUAGAAUGAUUGGAAACAUGGACAUGGACUGAAAAAGCUCCACUUGUAAGGUUUAGCCUUUAAAGCGGUCUGAUUCUGUGUUCGUCUGAAGUGAACGCAGCAUUGGGUUGGGUUGUGCUUUAAAGCGGUCUGAUUCUGUGUUCGUCUGAAGUGAACGCAGCAUUGGGUUGGGUUGUGCUUUAAAGCGGUCCACAGUGUGUGUGUCUGAAGUGAACGCAGCAGUGGGUUGCACUCUACAGUGUGUGUGUCUGAAGUGAACGCAGCAGUGGGUUGCACUCUACAGUGUGUGUGUCUGAAGUGAACGCAGCAGUGGGUUGCACUCUACAGUGUGUGUGUCUGAAGUGAACGCAGCAGUGGCUCUACAGUGGGACGGCUGGAGCUCAGGUGGCCCAGGGCAUCUACUGAUGUACACUGACAUGAUGUUGCAAAAGAUUGUACAUGUGAUUAAAGUGAGAUUUGAACAUCAACAUGCAAACAGACACACACCUGUGAGGUUUAGGUUAGAAUACAGACACGCACCUGUGAGCUGUGUUGUGUUGAAGGGAUUUGCUGUUUUCACUGAUGGGUUUUAAGGGAUGAAAGAGGUUUGUAACAGAAAAGAGUGUGUUUAAUCUGUAUUUGUAAGUAGAACAGAAAAGUGAGUGUUUGUGGAGUUUCUGUGUUCACGGAUGAAGACAGCCACUAAGAUUGAGAAUUCAGAUCUGCCUGUUUGAAUGUGUUAAAACACAAAUGAUCCAAAUGCAGCAGCACCGCUUUAGAGAGGAUUUGAGAACUAUUGGGAUAGUACCGCUUUAGAGGGGAUUUGAGAACUAUUGGGAUAGUACCGCUUUAGAGGGGAUUUGAGAACUAUUGGGAUAGUACCGCUUUAGAGGGGAUUUGAGAACUAUUGGGAUAAUACUGCUUUAGUGGGUUUCAGAACUGGCAACAUUUAUUUGGCAUGUUUUUUUUCUUGAAAUGUGGGGACAAGUGAUGCAACAAUAUGUACGCCUCACCACUCCAUUCUCUACCCCCCCCCCCCCCAGGUCUCUCUCUCUCUCUCACACACACCACUCUCUUUCUCUCUCUCUCUCUCUCACACACAAAUACACCUUUCUCUCUCUCUGUUUCUCUCACAUCCAUUCGAAUAGUGUUGGUUUUGAGCCGAGGUAAGAGGUGAAAGGUUAAGUUAGGAACAGAUGACCAGUGCUCUUAUUUGGUGAGAGGACAGGGGUUAAAGGUUAGGUUAGGAAGAGGUUGCCAGUGCUCUUAUUUGGUGAGAGGACAGGGGUUAAAGGUUAGGUUAGGAUGAGAUGACCAGUGCUGUGAGAGGUGAAAGGUUAGAGGUGAAAGGUUAGGUUAGGAGGAGGUGGCCAGUGCUCUUGUUGACUUCGGAGAAGAGCUCUUAUAAAAUGCUGUUCUAGGCAAAUCAAGGGGGCAGGCGAAUUCCCGGAAGUAGAAACACCUUUGGAGCGUGAUAUCAACGCUUCCCAGCUAACACGCACAUGUUUGGAGCUGGUGAUAUCAACGCUAGGCUAACCCCAUAGGACGCCCAUUCAUUCAAGAUUUGGAUAAGAAGCUCAGUCCAGCCUGCAGGAAAACCAUGACGGAAAGUCAUUAGCAAGAUCAGUGAAAAAGCUAUGUAGCCUACGGUAGCCUACUGUGUGAUAGGUUAAACCAUGACCUAGAGGCAAGUAAACCUAAUAAAAACUCGAUGUCACACAUGGCAAAUUUCUGUGUGACCCAUCUAUCAGACCAGUUACAGCAAGUUACAGGAUGGCUAACGUCACAAAGUCUGCGCGCAUACGAUGGGAAGUAAACUAUUUUUUUUCAGUCCCCUCCCACAGAGUCUGUUUGUCCAUUUCUUGUACGGUCUAUGGAGCAAAUGCUGAUCCCAGUCUUCCACCAGCUAGCUAGCUAAUCCUAAACCCAACCCAGCAGUGCAGAGCUAGCCUUAGCUAGCUAAUCCUAAACCCGACCCAGCAGUGCAGAGCUAGCGUUAGCUAGCUAAUCCUAAACCUGACCUAACCUCGAUCCUAGUCUUCCACCAUCCCAGCAGUGCAGAGCUUCCCUCUUCCAGUCCACAGGUUUGACGUGGUUGUCUUGAGAUGUCCUCUACAGUAUCAGCAGUUUUUUAUGUAAACAUUUGUAAAGUGUCUUGUAUUGCUUCGAUAUAAAGAUCAAUAUAUAUAUAUAUAUUACAUACAAAUAUACAGACAUAUAUACGCAUACAUUAACAAGUGUGAUUUAACUUUGAAAACUGUUUUGAAUGACAAGUGUAAGCGUAAUUUAUUUUUUAUACUUCCUCGUGAUACAAUUGUGACCACACACACACACACACACAUACAUAUACACACAAACAACCACUCGGAUGCAUUUACAAAUAAAUACGCACAUCAAUAACAUUCUCCUAUGCACAUGUCAAUAUGAUAUAACUUUUAUUAUUUUUAAUCUGGUAAUAUAAAAGAAUAAUAAUAAUAAAAAAAAUUCAAUUGCCAGCAAAAUGUCAGGGACUGUUGAAAUACAUAUGUAUGUCAUGUGAAUGAUUGUCUCCAAUAUUACACAAUGUAGACUUAGUGUUGGCUGCUGUCUCUACUCGUCUAUGUAGAAGCUGUGUAGUUGAUUUUUAAACCAAGGAGGUUAACGAUGGAAUUGUUAAAGUGUCCACCUCAUUGUGAUGUCAUGCUAGAGGCGAGCCAAUGGGAAAAGUAUCAGCAUGGCAAAGCUGCACCCCUCUACUGCUCUCCUUUUGAUAUGAGAGGAGCAGCCCAAAGAAAAGAUACAUGGUCAUGAACCUUUCCAGAUUUCAGGAAAAUCCCUUAAAAUUGGCAGCCGCUCCCUGUGUCCAAAGAUAAAUAAAUGCAUUAUUUAUUCCAAUGAUAUGAAGAGAACAUUUAUGCUAAAACAUUACUCAACUAUUUUAUUGCAUAGUCAUGUUAUGAAUGGCUGCCGUACAUACGGUUUGUGCACAAACAUCAUUUCAUGAAUUUACAGAUGAAACAUGAAGAGUGCCACGGGGUGACAGUGGUGGUAGGAGAGGGCUCGUCCUGUCGUAAUUGUGUUGGGAAUGGGGUGAAGGCUUUGGCAGGUCCGGUCAUAAUGGUGUUGGGAAUGGGGUGAAGGCUUCAGGUUGGGUCGUGAUUGUGUUGGGAAUGGCUUACGGACCCCGCUGUCUGGUCCGACCAAUCAGGGCUGUGUGUUUUGCUUACAAACGUCUUUACUGAUCAGGGAUGUUGUGUUUGUGUGUAUGACGUCACAAGUGAGUUUCUUUCUUUUAAUGCAUUUAAAACUCUAGCUCUGUUGUGAGUUUGAUAUGUCUGUGUUCCGCAUACCUUUAACAUAUUUAACAUAGAGGCCCAGCUACUCUGGCACGUUUUAGACAGGGUGACCCUUUAAACGCAUGAGAAGUAGUUAAAGAAAGCACCUGCUUGGGGUGAAGUGUGUGGCUUUGUAAUGUAUCCUGGUGGCUCGGGAGGAGUUAGUUUGAGUAUUGGGUGAAGUGUGAGGCUUUGUGUAUCCUGAUGGCUCCGUUUGUGUUUUUGAAAUGGAGGACGGACACGGGUCACGGUGUUGGAGAUCGGGAGUCUUUUGAUCAUUUUCGGAGAUUGGGAGUCGAGUGUUCUCUUGAUCACUAUUGGUCAGCUGAUGAUCCCUCUGAAUCAGGAGCGCAUUGACCAGUGCGUUCCCAAGGUGUAGAGUACAUCUGGAGUGUUUAGAGAUCUACAGUAGGUCACAUCUGCAGCGUUUAACAUCUGGAGCGUUUAGAGAUCUGCAGUAGGUCACAUCUGCAGCGUUUAGAGAUCUACAGUAGGUCACAUCUGGAGCGUUUAGAGAUCUACAGUAGGUCACAUCUGCAGCGUUUAGAGAUCUACAGUAGGUCACAUCUGCACCGUUUAGAGAUCUACAGUAGGUCACAUCUGGAGCGUUUAGAGAUCUACAGUAGGUCAUAUCUGGAGCGUUUAGAGAUCUACAGUAGGUCAUAUCUGGAGCGUUUAGAGAUCUGCAGUAGGUCACAUCCGGAGCGUUUAGAGAUCUGCAGUAGGUCACAUCUGGAGCGUUUAACAUCCGGAGCGUUUAGAGAUCUGCAGUAGGUCAUAUCUGGAGCGUUUAGAGAUCUACAGUAGGUCACGUCUCUGUGCAGUGGAGCGUUUGAAUUUCCGGAUCCUUGUGUCUGAUUUUAAAGUGAGCCUCUUUUUUGAAGGAGUCUUUUGUCUUCUGAGGCCUUGCUUGAAUUGAAUUUCAUGUUUUUUGCUUCAGUUAUGGACACUGCAGCACCACUGAGGAAUAGUGUCAUGUAGCUGAUCUCUGGAGCUAUUUGAUUCUCAUGACUUUAUUUUUCUAAGAUUGUUUCAUUUUGGUUUUGAUAAUACUAAUAUCAAUGAAUGUUUUUAUCAUGAGAGGAAAGCAAUGCCUUGCUGUUUUCCCUCUUGUUUUUAUCUCGUUCUGUCUCCUACUUUCGGUUAUCAAUGGUCAUUGAGCUGACUGACUCUUACAGUCAUUGAGCUGACUCAGUUACUUAUGGUCAUUGAGCUGACUCUGACUCUUAUGGUCAUUGAGCUGACUCUGUUACUUAUGGUCAUUGAGCUGACUCUGUUACUUAUGGUCAUUGAGCUGACUCAGUUACUUAUGGUCAUUGAGCUGACUCUGUUACUUAUGGUCAUUGAGCUGACUCUGUUACUUAUGGUCAUUGCUGACUCUUAUGGUUAUUGAGCUGACUCUGUUACUUAUGGUCAUUGCUGACUCUUAUGAUCAUUGAGCUGACUCUGUUACUUAUGGUCAUUGAGCUGACUCUGUUACUUAUGGUCAUUGCUGACUCUUAUGGUCAUUGAGCUGACUCUGUUACUUAUGGUCAUUGAGCUGACUCUGUUACUUAUGGUCAUUGCUGACUCUUAUGGUCAUUGCUGACUCUUAUGGUCAUUGAGCUGACUCUGUUACUUAUGGUCAUUGCUGACUCUUAUGGUUAUUGAGCUGACUGGCUGCAGGUAGACGCUAUCUUGUGAUGUCAGAUUAUGAUGUCACAGACCCCCACCAUGUUCUCUCUAUAGUAGAGGAAAUCAGCCAAUCAAAUUGCGACAAGGUUCAGAGAGGUUAAGGAGAGGGUGAACUUUUUUUUAAGGUGUAUGAAAAGCAAUGGCAACAAUAUUAUGCUACAAUUAAGAAUCAUUGUUGGAUGAGACAAUACUCCAAGGGCUUAUUAUGAAUACCUGUUAUAACUGAACUGUUAUUAUGAAUACCUGUUAUAACUGAACUGUUAUGACCUUGUUGCAUGUCUGUGUCUCUGUUCCCUGUGGAAUAAAUGCCCCCACCUGCAGGGGGCGCUUGGUUUGGC